GGUUCGCUUUCCGGCCACUUAUUCCUGGCAAUUGCCUUCUCCCUGUGUCAUCAUCAUCGUCCCUAUUCUUAAUUCUUCAAUUAUUAUCUUCUUAUGGGCUUCUGCAUCACACAAAAAUUUUCACUUUUUUAUUCUUUUUCAAACUCUCCACCCCUCUGUUCCUUUUCCUUGACCAAGUUCCUCUGCCUCUUCACUUCGUUUAUUUCCAGUUCAAGGACGGGUUUUUACCUGGAGUUUCUGCACUUUCUUCAUGAGACUCCAUUUGGGGUGUUGCCAUUUCUCUCAAAGCGCUGCAGAUUAUGAUAAAGUCCGUGGCUGUUACUUUUGAAUUUUAAUGGGGUGAAGCAGAUGCAUAGCUGAGGAAGUGACAGAAUUUUGGUAGACCAUUUAGCCGCAUGGGCGGACUUUUUCAUUUCUUUGACUUCAAAGGCAGCAUGGCCAGGAAAGUUCUUGCACGUAAAAAACAUGUGGAAGGAUUAGAAGCUCCUCGAAAUAGCUUGGAGAUGCAAGUGGAAACUUCUCAUAGCUGUUGUGCUGCUGGAGAUAUGCUGGUUGAAGAAGACUGGUCCGAAAAGAGCUGUUAUCCAAUUGAAGCUUCAAUGAAGAGGUUGAUUAAUGAGGAAAUUUCCAAACAACCUAACACCAGGCAAAAUGCACCAAGCAUUGUGGCCCGGCUGAUGGGUAUCGAUGUGUUACCAGUAGAUACGGAAUAUGUAGUACAGCCAGUUGAUAAAAAGAAUGGUGGCAUCGUAACUAAGCACUUGAGAAGGGAGAAAAACGAAAGGAGCUCGGUCGAUCAUUUCUCUUCCAAUUCAAAUUCCUCCAGGCAUAUGGAAAUUGAUUCACUUCACCAUAGUGAAGAACGAUAUGUUGACAGCUGGAGUAAUGGCCAGAAGUUAGGAAAACCAAGGCCUCGAGAACAUCCUCAAGAGGAGGAACUACAGAAGUUCAAAAAAGAAUUUGAAGCAUGGCAAGCUGCCAGGUUUAAGGAAUGUUCGAAGUUCGUUGAACCUGGCAGCGAUCCUGGUCAGUUGCUUGCCCGAGAGAACAUCAACAAGUAUAAAAUGUUAGUUGAUGCAAAUUCUGUAAUGUCAACAAGUGAAAAGCCUGUAGAGGGUCCUGUGUUAAAAGCAAGGUCGCUGGAAACAGCUAACUUGCAUCAGUUGGAAAUCUUUCCAGCCGAACAGAAGGAAUCAUUUUCUUCAAGAAACAAAAGUGUACAUAGAAACUACAAGAACUCGAUACAUUAUGAUCAGAAAAUGGAUGCAUCUUCUGCCCCCACAAGGAUAGUAGUCCUGAAGCCUGGUCCUGAUAGAAUUUGGGACCAUGAAGAAUGUUGGACUAGUUCCUCCGGGACUUUGGAUGACAGAGGUAGUAUAGAAGAGUUCCUUGAGGAGGUGAAGGAAAGGCUGAAAUGUGAACUGCAAGGAAAAACAGUUAAAAGGGGUUCUGUUGUUAGAGGAAGUGGAGUUGAGACCCCCUUUAAUGAAAAGCCAUCAAAUACAAAGCAAAUUGCUCGGCAUUUAGCAAAACAUGUCAAAGAUAAUGUUAUGCAAGACCUUGGAAUCAAUCUGCUUCGAUCAGAAUCAACACGAUCAUAUAGAAAUGAGAUUCAGUUCAAUGGGCCUAAUUCUCCUGAGUUCAUCAACAGGGAUACUAGGAGAUUCUUGUCAGAGAAACUGAGGAAUGUACUCAAGAGAGGAACACAUUCUUUUGAUGUUCCUUUAGUUGUUAAUGGAAGCUCUGGAUCAACUCUCUUAGAUGAUGAGAAAAUCAGACUACAAGAAGUGAGAUAUACCUCACAAGCUGGAAUUUUGCCUAGCCACUGGGAAAUUGUGAAAGACGAUCAAGAAAUGCAAGCUAGAGCUUUCAGGCAUGCGGAUGAUGAUGGAGUGCUUCAUACACAAUCGUCUCCUAGGAACCUAAUUAGGUCUUUAUCAGCUCCUGUAUCAGGAACAUCCUUUGGUAAGCUUCUCCUUGAGGACCGCCACAUUUUAACAGGUGCUCAUAUCAGGAGGAAGCAUGAAUCCAUUGAUAAUGUGACAACGGAGUUGAAAAAACAGAACAAAGAAAGAUUUAAUAUCAAAGAAAAGGUUUCCAAUUUCAGGUACAGUUUCGCACUUAAGGGAAGGCUAUUUGGCAAAAAGCUUCAACCAGUGGUUGAAUCACAUGAUUCUGAACAGGAUGUUGUAAAGGAUAUAAUGAGCGGACCAACAGUUGUUAGGAACUUUGGCAAAAGACAGAUAAUGGAGAACUCAACCGAGGUACCUCCAAGCCCUGCGUCUGUCUGCAGCAGUGCUCAAGAAGAGUCCUGGAUACCAGUGGAUUAUCUCAGCCCAGUAUCAACACCUGAUGUCACUCCAGGGGAAGAAAGUACUGCACCACAGGUUUUAGAGAUCAGCUCUAAUCUUAAUGAGCUGCAGAGGCAACUAAGUCAACUCAAAUCUAAUGAAGCAGAAGACUCAACAAUUGAACAAGAGCCUAGUGAGUGCACAAUGGUUGAUUUGGAUGAUAAUGUGGCAGCUUACUUAAGGGAUUUGCUUGUUGCUUCUGGACUGUAUGAGGGAUCAUGCGAUAAAUUUUUCUCCAGAUGGGAUCCACUUGCAAAGCCUAUCAGCAACUCGGUGUUUGAAAAAGUUGAAGAAACUUGUAAAAAAUUGGCCAAGGAUAAUAAUCAAAAUGGCAAUAGAGAAGACAAUGAGAAGAUGGUAGAUCACAAAAUGCUAUAUGAUCUAAUCAAUGAAGUACUGUCAACUGUACUUAGACCGUCUGAGGCCAUGUCUAGAUUCACAAAUAAGACCAUAAGUUCCUCCAUGUUGAGACCUCUACGUGGAAGGAAACUAUUGGAUUCUGUAUGGAAGACUAUCCGCGUAUAUUUAUAUCCCCCAGAUGACAAAUCUUACCAUUCACUGGAUAGUUUGAUGACCAGGAAUCUGCAAUCCACUCCAUGGCUGAGCUUGAUGAAGGACGAGGUAAAUUCUCUAGGAGGAGAGAUGGAAUGGAUGAUUUUGGGAGAUCUAAUAAAGGAAAUUGUGAAUGAUAUUCAUUUGUAAUUGUGUUUGAAUUAGGACAUUUUGUACAUAUGACGGAUGAUCAGCAGGUCACUUGUUAGAUGAUACAGACACGAAAUGAUGAGUCAUUGGUGAGUGAGAGUACAUCUUCAAGCUAAGUCAGCCAUGAAAAUCAUUCGAUGGUCUGUGAAAACAGACGUUUAUGUUAGCACAAGGUUCCACAAGCCAGCAAUACGAAUGAUUUUCGUGGCUGUGUCCUAAUUUGGGGAUGACAAUGUUUUCUUGCUGCUGGAAUAGGAGAUUUCACGUCACGUAUAUAUAAAUGAAAGUACUUUUCCUUGGGUGUUUGAUAUA